UACUCUCUGACCUACACAUUAAUUAAAUAACAAAUCGAAGCAAAACAAUACAUAUGGAGAACGAAGUCCGUAUACAUUUAUUGGAAAUGCCUGAUGAAAUAAUCGAAGGAAUAAUGUCUUACCUUUCAUUUCACGAAGCCAGUGAAGCAAGAAGGGUAUGCAAACUAUUCAACAGACAUUGUCAACAAAAGUUAAACCGUGGCUUCUCCAAAAUCGACAAACUGCAUGGACAGAUUCAAAAAGAAGUGAAGAACAAACUUCCUCGCAGAGAGUCUGAACGUAGAAACCACCCUCUUGCUCGCCAUGUUGACAUACUGUCAGCUAUUGAGACACGGCUGUCUCUGCUGGGCAUGUCCUACAGCAAGUACAUCGACUCAGGGCUGUGCUGCUUCAUCCCGGGGAAGGUUCUGGAUGAGUUGCACUCGAUCCUGUAUCGCCUACAGUCUAGUGAUCAGCCUCCCCGCUCUCACGAGUUCCUGCAGGAGUUACGGGACAUUUCCUCCAUGGCGAUGGAACACUUUGAUGAGAAGAUUGCACCAGGACUGAAGAGCAGGCUGCCCACUGUGAACCUUCCAUACCCUUUCUCUGACCCAUGUACCUCGUCCACAGGGUUCUUCCAGUUUCCAACCACAACGGUUCGCACUCCCAGCAUGAGGUCAGAGGUCGUGAACUUGGGAAUACAGGUCAGGGGUCAGACGAGCAAUGUGCAGCAGGUCAAGAGGGACAUGUCAGAAAUCAGGAACAGCUACACUUACUACAAGAAAAGAAUCUUCGACCAGGAUAAGAAGAUUGCCCAGCAAAAUCGCACAAUUUGUGAGCUGGAGAAAAAAGUCAAUGAUCUGAAUCAGAAGUUUAACGAUUUGGCGACCGAGUUUCAGAAGCUACGAGAGAACCAAGAUUCUGGUGACUCACGGAGUUCAGGCCCUUGUUUGGCAAAGGAGGGUUUUCAAGAGGAGUUUAUUGAGGAUGUGAAAGUAUCGUGCACUGUGAAAAAUAAAGCAUUAAAACGGAAAAGUGGAACCUCUGGUAGAAGUACGGGUGUGAAAAAAUCUAGAAAAUAAAGCAAAAUGUCUUUGUCUUGUGAUUUAUUAGACGAGCAUGCAGGAAUGUGUUUCACAAAUGACUACUAGAUAUUUCACAUUUUAACUUGCCUGUUUGUAAGAAUUGUUAAGUAUCCAGUACCUUAAAAAUUGUUGCAUUUAUAUCUUUUUGUAAACAUUUUUUAUAAAAGAUUUCAUGCAUAGCUCUUAGUUGCUUCUGUUCUUGGCUUUCAUAUUUUAAUAGCUAUAUCAUAGAAACAAACACAUUGAUAUUUUAUUUUUUUAAAUGUGAUAUGUUUGUUUAAUAAAUGGGCCGUGCUCUGUGAAAAGAGGUUUAAUGCCUGUGCGUUAAGUGUCAUCUCAGAUUAGCCUGUGCAGUCCCCAAGGGCUAAUCAGGGACGACACUUUCAGCUUUAAUGGUAUUUUCAGUUUCAAGAAAGUAUCUUCUUAGCAUAAAUCCAGUUAAGCUGGAAAGUGUCGUCCCUGAUUAACCUGUGUGGACUGCACAUGCUAAUCUGGAAGGACACUACCCACAUGCAUUUAACCCCCUUUUCACAGAGCACGGCUCAAAUAUGUUGCAUGUUUUUAUGUAAAUAAUUAUGUAACUUUUAAUAUGCAAUAAGUUUGUUAAUUAAUAUAUCAGGGUACCACCAUGUAAAUAAUGAACAGUUGUUAACUUAUGUUUCAAUAAUUGAUACAAAAUACAAAACUAACAUAUAUAAACAUAAUAUUUACUUCAUGUUUUUGCUGUUAAGUAAAGCAUUUUGUUAGUUCUCUUUGAAUAGGGAAAAAUGUAGAUUUUGUAGCUGAAAGGAUUUCUUACAGUUGAUCAUGUCACUUGUGAAAGAUGAAGGAAGGAGUAAAAUGGUUUGCAAAUAGUGGGAAACCUGGUCUAUUUGUCCUCAAAUAGAAGUCACUUACAGCUGAUGUUCACAAAACUUACGAAUCGUUAUGCAGGUUUAAAAUGUUGGUCAAGAUUUAAAAUCAAGAUUUAAAGUUUCUUAUUGUAUUUUAAUAAGCAAUGACCCAAGUAUUCUUGCACCUGUGUUUAGGUAUAUGUUUGUGUCACUUCAUAAAAAUUAGGUCCAGUUAGGUCAUAGUUCAAUGUCAUUUGUUAAAGAUAACCAACCAGCCUUCAUUAAGGGUAACUUUGUGAAGUAUGAAUUGAUUUUAAACGCCAAGUCUGAAGUGAAUGGAUCAUAACACACUCAUGCUCGUAAUGUCAAGCUCAGUUCAAGGUCAAAGGUCAACAUUCAUGAGAAUCAAAAUAAUUUUGGAAUUACAUGUACUUGGGAUAAGUUGAAAGCAAACUAAGAUGGAAUGGUUCACACUAUAGCAAAGUCCCUAGGUCAAAGGUAAAGGUCAAAUUUAAAGUUCAAAGGGAAACUAAGAGCAAUUGGCCAAGACUCUGACAAUCUUUACUUGGAAAAAUCACACCUGAUUGACAGACUCUCUAACCUGAUCAGUGUUUGAUCGCUUUUAACCAUAUUGGUUAUACAUCAUAAUUAUGCAAGUUUUAAUAAAAUGCUGACAUAAUUAUUUAGAAAUGUUUGCUUUCUGUAUAAGAUGCAUGUAUGAUAUUGCAACCAUUUGUAAACAAUGUCAUCAUUUUUCAUUUGUAAAUGUUGUUAUGUAUGGAUGUAAAAUAAAUUUGAAAUCAUGAA